AUGGCUUCCAAACUUUUUCCAUCUCUUGCUGCCACUGCUUUUGCUGCUAUGCUGUCCCAUAUUUUCUUGAAGAGAAGAUCAAGGGAGAUCAAUGGAGGGGAGGCAAAGAACAAUGCAGCUGCAAACGAUGGAACAGCAGGAGGCGCUUCUGGUACUUACACUUCAACAGAAGUACCUGAAAUGCCUACUUCAUCGGGAUCAAAUAAGGAUGCAGCUGCAAACGAUGGAACAGCAAGAGGCGAUUCUGUUACUCACACUUCAACAGAAGUACAUGAGAUGGCUACUUCAUCAAGAUGUGACUAUGAAGUAUUCUUGAGCUUCAGAGGAUCAGAUACUCUAGCAACUUUUACCGACCACCUUUACACUAGACUUGAAGAUGCAGGAAUCCGCACAUUUAAGGACGACGAAAUUCUUCACAAAGGGGAAGAGUUUGCCCCAGAACUUCUCCAAUGUAUGGUGUCUCAAGGAGGUAGUCCAAAUGGUCGAGUGCAAGAAUAA